AACAAACCGCGGAGCCGAAGGUUCCGCUCGGAAAUGAGUUAUCUGUUGUCGAAACUGAGAAAACCGGGAAUUGACGGAGAUGUGACUGAGCUCUGGCGUGAACUGUGAGGUGCUCCUAUCGGAAGACAUGGCAGAGGAACAGCAACAAGACAGCAAGAAUAUCACUUGCCAGCAAACUGACGAUUUCAUGGACGAGAAAAUACAAACAUGUGAUUUGGACACACCAGAAGAUCAUGGCUUGGAUGGAAAGCAGCCAGGUUCAGAAGAUUUCAUGGACGAGAAAAUACAAACAUGUGAUUUGGACACACCAGAAAAUCAUGGCUUGGAUGGAAAGCAGCCAGGUUCAGAAGGAAAAACUUCCCCUCCAAGAGAUGAGGAUACAGCAAAUAUGGAGGACGAUAGUCAUUGCCAAGCAGAUGGUGAAAAUCGUGGCGAUUGUGAUGGAGAGUCUGAAAAAGUCGAGGAGCCUGUAGUGACAGCUGAUCGAGGUUGUGGGGACCACACCAAAGAUCCGAAAACACCUGGAACAACUUUUCCACAAGUACCGGAUGACGGCAAGGGUGAGCACGUAGACGGACCCACAGCUUUGCCUGAUGAAGAAUCUUCAGCGGCUGAUAACACAAAUACUGAAGCUGAAGAAGAUGUGGCCUCAUUUUCAAGAGAAGAGAAGGAUGUACAGAGUAGCGCAGCCUCGCCACAGAUGCCAUUUCUGCAGGGCACGUCAGUCGUGGAAGAGUCAGAUGUAAGGAGACGUGACGUUGAAACAAUUCGCCCUACCACGACGGACUCUACUGAACCUGUAGAUGCGACUGGAAUUCCUGGAGGAAGCGCGUGGUACUUGAUAGCUGUGGGUAUCGUGAUUCUCAUAGCCGUGUUGGUGCAGCAUCACCUCCAACAAGAACCUCCACCUCAGAAAAACGAUUUGCAACGAAUAGACAUCUUUCUCAAGCAGAUGGAAGAAAUAAAGACUCAGUUUCCCAACCAGCGUGCAGAGCUUUGGAGUAGAAGUAAGAUUCACCUGAAGAGGCACCUCCAGACCAUCCAGCCCACGGAGCCAGUGAGUCUGAUCCUGACAGCAGGCCUCAAGGCUGAGACGACACUGCACUGCCUAGCUCAGAGUCUGGCCUCCGCCUUCUCUUCUGCCCUAAAUGCCUCCGUCCUCCACAUCGAUGGAGCCAGCACAGCCAGCCAAGACAGUGACCAAGUCAAACUGGACAUUGACAGCAAGUUGCAGGGAGCCUUUGAAGGAGACAAGCCCGUGGCUGUCAUUCACCGCUUUGAAGAACUGCCUCCAGGCUCCACUCUCAUUUUCUACCGCUACUGUGACCAUGAGAAUGCUGCGUACAAGAAGACUUUUCUAAUCUUUACAGUCCUACUGGGAGACGAAGACGAGAUUCCUGAAAAGAUUAAUUUGAGCGCUGUGGAGGAGAUGGUGGAUGACCACCUUCAGAAAAGGUUUCUCUCUCAUGACUACCCUGUAUCUUUUGAUAGGAUGGACCUCGAUAAGUAUGGUGGGCUGUGGAGCCGCAUUUCUCACCUGAUCCUGCCUGUGGCAGUAGAGGCGAGAAUGGAGCUUAAAGGAUGUUAGAUGACACAGCUGCCACGAUUGUGCAAACAUCGAGUCUGAGCUCUAAACUAAAACAUAUCAAUGGCAUCUAUUCCUGGAGGACUCUCCCCAGUUUGGGGAUAUUAACAGUGGUUUUAAAGACUUCUUAGUUACACUUUACUAAAGAUCAUACAUGUGAAAACAUCAACAUUAAACGAGUCUCACUGCUGUGGGAAAUUUGAAACAAUUACUUUUAUUCAUCAAAAGAAAAAAAAGCACUUUAUUCUUUUAGUCCUUUGACCAAACGCUAAAUGAGAGGAGUGGAAUGAGGCUUAUAUAGAUUUUGCAGUUUGUGUACAGUUUUAAUGGCAACUGCUGCAUUUUAAGGUUAUUUAAUGUAAAAUUGAUUAAUAUGUGUAUAAUAAUCACAGCCUGUUACCAGGCAAUUAUUCUUUUGGCAUCACAACCCGGGUUUGUUAUUUUUCUUAUAAUACAUGUCUUCUUGGACUCUUGAAAAUACCAUAUUUCCUAAAAUACCUGUACAUUAUACAUGUCACGCUACAGUUAGAAAUUGUAUACAUUUAAAUUUUAAACGUGUAAAUUGAAUGUGCCUUAAAAUACAAAU